AUGGGAGGGAAGGCGAACGGCCUCGGUACAGAAGUUGAUCUUUGUGCUGCUGAGAGGAAAGUCAACUGGAUCGAGAGGACGGAGCAAGUCCAACUUAAUCCUCCCAUGCUCGUCAGUCUGCGAGGAGGAGGAGAGGGAGGAGGGAAGCAGAAAGCAAAGCUGCGCGAAGACCGAUCGAAGAGACAGGGGAAGGCGGAGACGAGCAAGAUGAAGGAGCAUGCGAGGAAUGCACUCAGAAAGGGAUCGGGGCCCCGGGCUCCCAACCGAUCCAUUGGGAGGGGAGCUAAGGGGAGGCGGGUCGAAGCAGACGAGAGCGAUAGCAGCGAAGAGCAGGACGAGGAUGACGAAGGAGAUACAAGCCGCUCAGGACAGGAGGAGGAGGACGAGGACGAGGACGACGAGGAGGACGAGGAGCAGGAGGAACUGUCUAACAAGGCAAAGAAGAAGAGGGAGAAGACAUCAGAUGGCAGAGACGGAGGAGGAAGGAGCUCAGGCGAAGGAAUGGCGAACAAUCUCAAGGACAUGCUGAACGUGGAAGAGGUUGAACCUGACAGCCAGCUGAAUCUGGACAUGAUCGACAGCGCCGAGAUCCGAGAGUUCAUGGGAAAGACGAUGAUGCAAGCUGAAGACUCCAUGGAGGCCGGCAAACGGGUACCGGAGCCCAGCGACUCCUCAGAAGAGAGUGAAAGUAGGAAGAAGGAGAUGAAGAAGAAGGAAAAGGAGGAGGAGGAGGAGGAGGAGGAGGACACAGAUGACUGA